AUGUCACAAGAUCAGGACGUUUCAAGCUCGCUCAAGAAUCUGUCAAUCGACACAAAGGACGAGCCUUCAGUGUUGUCCAAGAAACCAGCUGCCAAAAAGGCCAAGAAGACCAAGAAGGUCGUUGCAGACUCAUGGGAAGACUCAGACUCCGACUCCGGCUCUGAUGCAGAGCCUGAAGCCCAGCCAGAGUCAAACAAGCCAACUCCUGCCACGACGCCUGCGCCGCCUCCCCCAACGCCCAUGUCUCCCGUCGGUGGCCUACCAUGGGAGUCAUCUUCAGGAAGUCCCGGCCAUCGCGCUGGAGCAGACCCGGAUAAGCGGCCUGAGAAGACAGAUGCCGUGGCUCGCCGUAUGAUCGCUGCUGGACUAGGCCUCAAGGCACCAAAGCAGACGGAGGAGCAAAGGGCGUACCAGAGGAGUGUUCGCGAGCAAGAGAAGAAAAGGAGAGAACAGGAGAAAGAGGAGGAAAAGAAACGACAGGCUGAUGUUGAGAAGGCAAAGGCAGCUAUUUGGGAUGAUUAA